UUACAAGUCAACCAGUUGUUUUCCAUCCCCUUCAAGAAGGAAUUAAUUGGAGGUCAGACAGUGGGAAGAACUUUCCAAUCAUUAGAAGGGUACGGUGACAUUGGCUCUGAUGGUUGGUGACGAGAGAGGUGUCACCCCAGUCUUGAUCAACAGUUCGGGUCAGAGACGGGGGUACCAAGUGAGCGUCCCUCCAGAGGAUUUGUGUUUGCAGAUGGGGGUGGGGGAGGCCCUGGGCAGCAGCUCUGGGGCAACCAAGGGAAUAAACACGGAAAAUAGGGGACGUCAGUCCUUAUCUGAAGCUCAUUAAUGAGGAACAUUAGUCAGCUGUGAAGGCUCAGAUGGGGUGAUAGGCAUGUAGGUGGGCAGGGGUGAGGGGCAGGGACAGAGGGAGACAUGGCGGAGAAGAGGUACUGGCCACCUCCACCCCACGUGCCCGACUGCAGGACGGAAGGACCCUAUAAGUGCCCUUGGCCCAGCCUCCCAGAGGCCCAGAGAAAGAGAGAAAGAGAGCGUGCACCACAAAUCCUCCGGGCCCCAGCCCGCUGGGCCAGCCCACAGAAGGCCUGCAGCAUGUGGGAGCUCCGGUCCAUAGCCUUCUCCAGAGCUGUGUUGGCAGAAUUCCUGGCCACGCUCCUCUUUGUCUUCUUUGGCCUUGGCUCAGCCCUCAACUGGCCACAGGCCCUGCCCUCUGUGCUGCAGAUUGCCAUGGCCUUUGGCCUUAGUAUUGGCACCCUGGUGCAGGCUCUAGGCCACAUCAGUGGGGCCCAUAUCAACCCAGCCGUGACUGUGGCCUGCCUGGUGGGCUGCCACGUCUCUUUCCUCCGAGCCAUCUUCUACGUGGCUGCCCAGCUUCUGGGAGCAGUAGCAGGGGCUGCUCUGCUCCAUGAGAUCACACCAGCAGAAAUCCGCGGGGACCUGGCUAUCAAUGCUCUCAACCACAACACAACAGCUGGCCAGGCGGUGACUGUGGAGCUCUUCCUGACCCUGCAGCUGGUGCUCUGCAUCUUUGCCUCCACCGACGAACGCCGUGGGGACAAUCUGGGCAGCCCUGCCCUCUCCAUCGGUUUCUCCGUGACCCUGGGGCAUCUUCUUGGGAUCUACUACACUGGCUGCUCCAUGAAUCCUGCCCGCUCACUAGCUCCAGCUGUUGUCACCGGUCUUCUGGAUCGGACCCCUGGUCGGCGCCAUCCUGGGCUCCCUUCUCUACAACUACGUGCUGUUCCCCUCGGCCAAGAGCCUGUCGGAGCGUCUGGCUGUGCUGAAGGGCCUGGAGCCCGACACCGACUGGGAGGAGCGCGAGGUGCGGCGCCGGCAGUCAGUGGAGCUGCACUCGCCACAGAGCCCGCCGCGGGGCAGCAAGGCCUGAGCCUCCUUUGGCCCCGAAGGCAGGCCGCGCGGCCACGCUGGGAUGCGGCCGGAUGCGGAAGGCCCAGCCUGUUCCUCCUCUCCCCAGUCCCAAGGCUGGCUUCCAGUGCAGAGCAGCUGCUUCCAGGACGAGUAUUCGGCCAGCGCUGUGGGGCAGCAGGAACGGGGCCUGGGGGACAGCAGUGAGCCUGACAUUCCCCUGCUGGAAGCUGUGCACUGCUGUAGCAGUGACCCUCUUCUGGUCCUUUACAGGGAGCUGAGGACUUUGAGACCCAGCUGGGAAGGGAGGGAGGCCAGGUGGGAAGCUCUGAAAGCCCACCCAGGUACUUGGGUGGGAAGUGUUCAGACCCUCACCAUAGGGCUUGGAUCUAGGAAUGGUGAAUGCCAUUUUGCUAAUGUACAAAUGUAUAUUCAUCCCUACUUUCCUCUGUCCUCCAGUGCAGGGUUUGCAUGUGUCUGAGUGUGAACUGGUAUGCCGAUGGUGAUAUAAGUGUGCAGGGCUGGGACUCUCACUCCCCCCCCCUUUGAUCCCCUCCUCCCACACCUGCAAUAAAUCUGCUUCUUCUGCAGUGGAUGAAUCCUCAGAGCCAGUCACUCCCAGGAGAAGAGGAAAGGAGAGUCUGAAGGAAAGUCCCUGAUUUCCUUGACUUGCCCCUUCUGGAAAAUUCCUCCCAGCUGCAGCACUGGGCCUCACAACUUGCCCUCACUCAUUGCUGGAGGUGGAGAAGUAUCAACCAGAAAACAGCUCCCCCAGAAAUGGCCUCUGGAAAAAGGAGGGCUGAGAGGAUUUCCUUUCUGCCCUUAGGGAGGACUCUUCAAAGGGAAUUGUGUGGGCAUACGUGUGUACACACCUGCAUGUGUGUGCAUGCAUGCGAACAUGUGCACAAAUGCUCACACACAAGACAUCCAUCUGGGAGGAGGGGACAGACCCAGAGAUUAGGCUUCUUGGGUGGAGAAAACUAAAGCCCUUUGUGGGCCCCUGACCUUUGUCUUCAAGAGGGGGAGAUUUGCAACUAGACACUUCUUGAAAGGAGACACUCAGUUUCGCAAGUGAGCCUGUUGAAGCUCACGCCUAUGGCUGGCUGGGCAAGGCACUCGGGCGUGCGGCGUGCGUGCAACCACGGCACCAGGCAGCAGCCACUCCUCCUUCAGCCACUCCGGGCAGCAUCUUCCUCCCCAGAAAAUCUCUGUUCCCUCCCUCUUAGGGGUGGAACCAGAGACUCCCCUUUAAGCCUCUUCUGGUUCCCACACUGAACAUUUAUUGUGGACUGCAAAGACCACAAAAGGAAAUGACUUGCCUGGGGUGAAGGCAGAUCUGAGUCUAGAAACUAGGUUUCUGUUUCCAGGCCAGUGCAAUGGUUCUCAAAUGAGAUUACCUAGGAUUAAGUGAGACCAUGCAUGUAAAGAUGCUUUGUGAACAGUAAUUCUUGAACCAUUAGCAUGCAUUAUUAGGAUGAUUCUCAUUUCUGCUUCCUUGGGUGGGAGGAGUAUGCAGAAGGGAGCUUACCUUUAGCCUCCUUCACCUCUUUUAGUUGGUGGUCAAAGGAGAGCCCCGAAAGCCCCAAGCUCUGGGCUGAAGGAAGUGGUUUGGCUGGACUUAUCCCAGGCCAGCCUCUGACCCUCUCAUGAUCUUGAGCACACACCAGCAGCUCUUCCUCUUCCUUCCUCCUACCACCCAGACCCAUCCAGCCCCUUCCUCCCUCCAGCCUGCUGCACAACUGGCCCAGGAUCACACCUUAAGCCCCUCUCUUCAUGUUCUCUGUUGCCCCAGGCUUUCAAGACUUUUGUGUUUGUCUCACACUUUACCAAACUCCUGCUGGCUGCGUGCCUUUCUCCCCUCGGCUUCCUUCACAAAUAGACUGUGUUAAGGAACAUCUCUGUUGCAGCUGUGCCCCUCUCAUGCAGGCUCUUUUCGGUCUUCCUUGACCAAAGCUCUCUUUGAAGUUAGAAAAAGGCUUUCUGGGCCAUAGCCGCUGUGGGCAGGACACUCCCUCCCCAAACCCCUUCCUCCUGGUAGCUGAGUUCUCUUGUUCUAGAAGUCAGCAAGGCACCUCAUCCACGCCCCACUCCAUUCUAACAAACAGGCACCAAGAAUCUCUCUCCAUGUCUGUACCACUUCCUAGAUUGCAUCUCACCAGAAACCAAGUGUGAGAUUCCCCGGCAUGGCACUUCCAGUGCCUACUGCCCAGAUUGAGAUCAGAGGCCAGUGCACCAGGAUUCCAAGUGAUGGCGGUAGAGGGAAAUUGACAGUUACUGAGCAGCUCUGAGUUCCAAUCAGGAAGGACAAUGACCCUCAGCCAUGCAAAGUUUUACUAUUUCCAAAGCGCUCCCUUAGUAUCCCUGUGAUUGCCUCCCAAUCCUGUGAAAUAGGUAGAAUAAAUACUGUUCUUCCUAUCUUCUAGAUUCAGAAACCGAGGCUGAGAGGCUGGCCUAACAACACACAGUCAGUAUGGAUCAAAGACUUGAACUCAGGUUCUCUUAUGUAAACUCCCAUGAUCUCUUCUCUAAGACAAGCCCUAGGCUCCUCCUGGGAGCCCCUGGCAGAAACCAGAACAUUCAGCUGGGCCUGUGCGGCCCAGCCCAGCCCAGGCCACUGUCUGCGAGUCGACACAGAGCCUGGUAGAGACAAGGGAGGGAGAAAAUGACAAGAGACACAGGGCUGGUUUGUGCCUUUGAAGGGCACCCAGGGAGGUCAGACGUACCCACAGCAGAAAGAAGCAAGGCGGCAUGGAGCCAGACCUGCAGGCCCUUGAGCUGGGACAAACAAGGCUGAGCUGAGAGGAGGGGGUGGUUGGCCACCAGGUCCCAGCACCAUCCUUUUCCACACUCCCACUUUGUGUCAAAUGAUCUGGUACCUGCAAAAGUUGCUUUGAUGUUUUGUGUGUUUGAGCUGUGAUUUCAUGCAUAUCCAAUGUCUUCCCGUUAGAUUGUAAGUCCUUGGGACAGGGCACCUUCCAGUUCAUGCAGGGCAUUCUCCUGUCUACCUUCUCUCAUUGGUCCUUAUCUAACACAGUGCUCUGCAUAUAGUAAGCACUCAAUAAAUGCUCAUUUGUCUAUCAAUAAAGACUGUUUCUUCCA